UUCACACGACAAGUCAGCAAGAGAAGAUGUCGAAGUCAGUGAAGAAACUUGUCGAGGAGACAAAAGACCAAGGUUAUACAGAGCUAGAUCUCUGUGACAGGAGCUUGUCUACGAUUGCAGACAUUCCAGGAUUGACGCAGUUGAGGCAUUUGGUACGCCUUACUUUGAGUCAUAACAGAAUAACAGCUCUCCCUGAAUCGAUUGGUUCACUUGAAAACCUGGAGUUCUUGAAUGUGUUUAAUAAUCACAUUGAGGAGCUGCCAAUGUCACUAGGUUCCUUAAAGAAACUAAGACACUUCAAUGCAGCGGUGAAUCGACUACGUUCUCUGCCCAGGGGCUUAGGAACAGCAUCUGGAUUGGAAAUCUUGGAUUUGACAUAUAAUAACCUUAAUGAGAAGUCAUUGCCAGGAAACUUCUCUGUUAUGAAACAGCUACGAGGCCUCUACCUCGGAGACAAUGACUUUGAAACAUUACCGCCAGAAAUAGGAGAGCUCAGAAACCUUCAAGUGCUUGUGUUAAGAGACAAUGAUCUGUUUGAACUACCAAAAGAGCUGGGAAAUUUGAGUAGACUGAAGGAACUUCAUCUUCAGAACAACAGACUCACUGCUCUUCCUCCAGAACUAGGUGAACUAGACAUGGCCAACCCACGACAUGUAUUCAAACCAGAAGGCAAUUCGUGGAUACAGCAGCUUGAGGAUCAAAUUGUUCUGGGACCAUCACAUGUGUUUGAGUACAUCAAGACUGAUGGAUACAAGAGUUUGUACGAGCGUCAUGUUACUUCUGGCAAUGCUCCACCACCAAAGAGGGAGAAGGAGAAGACACUGAAGCGAAGCAGAAGAAAGUGAUUUCCCCAGUCAGAAAGCUAUGAUAACACAGCACCAUUUUCAAAUUUGAGGUUGAAGAGAAUGCUGCUGUUUGUCUUGAUUAAGUUUAACAGUGUGUAUGUCUCAGAUUACACCUCAAAGAAUUUAUUUUGACUGCAAGGAAUACCCAGGGAACAUUUACAGUGAACAUAUGUAAGAGAUUUUGUAAAAAUACAUGUUUGUACAAGGAAAAAAAGUACCUUGCUUGCAUUGAUUAAAAGUUUUCUAUUUUUCUACAA